AGCGGAGGAGGAGGAUGAGCAAGGGGCGGGAGGGCUCCGCGGCGGGCGCAGCAGCCGCCGUCCUGCUGCGGUACCUGCGGGAGCAGAACCGGCCCUACAGCGCCCAGGACGCUUUCGGGAACCUGCAGCGGGAGCACGGGCUGGGCAAAGCGGCCGUGGUGAAGGCGCUAGAGCAGCUGGCACAGCAGGGCCGCAUCCGCGAGAAGGCGUACGGCAAGCAGAAGGUUUACUUCGCCGACCAGGAGCAGCUCCCGGCUGCCAGCGAUGCGGAGCUGCGAGGGCUGGACGGGGAGAUCGCGGCGCUGUCGGCCCAGGUGCAGGCGCUGCAGCAGGGCUGCCGGCAGAUGGAAGCGGAGCUGAGGGAGCUGACCGGCUCCAUGACGACCCCCGAGAUGGCCCGGGAGGUCGAGGAGCUGAGGAAGGACUGCGCCAGUUACGCCGACAAACUGGAGAGGAUCAAGUCUGCCACCAACCACGUCACGCCGGAGGAAAAAGAGAAGGUGUGCGGUGAGCAGAGGCUGUACUGUAAGGAGUGGCGGAAGAGGAAGAGGAUGGCGACCGAGCUGCUCGACGCCAUCCUGGAGGGGUACCCCAAAAGCAAGAAGCAGUUCUUCGAGGAAGUUGGCAUAGAAACGGAUGAGGACCACAACGUCACCCUGCCAGCUGCGGUGUGAGGUGCUGAGGGACGUCUUCGCUCCAGGGAACAGAACUUGCUGAAACUCAGCUGCUGGUUUGGGGCUGGGUUUUUUUUUGCAGGGCUUGGGCUCGUCCCGCAUCUUUUGUAUGCGUUUGUUUUAAAUGCUUCGGCCCUGGAAGGGGGGGGUUGGAACCAUUAACUCCGCACCGAGCCCCUUUCCCUUUCUCACUUGCCGAGGGAACACCAUUUUUUCUCACCCUUCAGCCCCACAUCCUGGUGAGGGCCGGCGUCUUCGCGGGGCUGUGGCCAGGAAGCUGUAAUUGCACUGCUUCGGAGGCGCUGCUGGCGUAGUGAGAAGAGGAAGCGAGUGCCUGGUACGGGUGAACGAACGGGGUUUGGUUACGGCUGCAGAGCCCUCGCACGAGUUCAGCAAACUGAAAUGCAGGGGGCGGCUUCCCGGGGGGUGGAGGGAGUUGUACACGAGACUAGGAUUCAUUAAACACCGUGCUUUUGUUUCGGA